AUGCCUCAUAUUGAUAAUAAUAUAAAACUUGAUUUUAAAGACGUUCUUAUUCGUCCAAAACGUUCAACAUUAAAAAGUCGAGCAGAUGUUGUUUUAACACGACAAUUUAUAUUUCGUAAUAGUAAAAAAACUUAUGAAGGAAUUCCAAUAGUUGCAUCAAAUAUGGAUACGGUUGGAACAUUUGAAAUGGCAAUACAAUUAUCAAAAUUACAAUUAUUUACAACUAUUCAUAAACAUUAUACAGUUGGCCAAUGGAAAGAAUUUGCUAAUCAAAAUAAAGAAGUACUUCCUAAUGUAGCAAUAUCAACUGGUAUGACAGAAAAUGAUUUUAAAAAAUUACGUGAAGUUAUUGAUGCAAUACCAGAAAUUGAAUAUAUAUGUGUUGAUGUUGCUAAUGGUUAUUCGGAACAUUUUGUUGAAUUUGUUCGAUUAAUUCGAAAAGAAUUUCCUGAUAAAACGAUAUUUGCAGGAAAUGUUGUUACAUGUGAAAUGGUUGAAGAACUUAUUUUAAGUGGAGCUGAUGUUGUUAAAUGUGGUAUUGGACCAGGUAGUGUUUGUACAACACGUUUGAAGACUGGUGUUGGUUAUCCUCAAUUAUCAUGUAUACUUGAAUGUGCUGAUGCUGCUCAUGGUCUUGGUGGACAUAUUGUUAGCGAUGGUGGUUGUGCAAGUCCUGGUGAUGUAGCAAAAGCAUUUGGAGCCGGUGCUGAUUUUGUUAUGCUUGGUGGUAUGUUUGCUGGUCAUGAUGAAAGUGGUACAGGUGAUGUAAUUGAACGUAAUGGACGUAAAUAUAAACUUUUUUAUGGCAUGUCAUCAAAAACAGCUAUGGAUAAACAUUCCGGUGGCGUAGCAGAAUAUCGAGCUUCUGAAGGUAAAACAGUUGAAGUACCAUAUCGAGGAAGUGUUUUAGGCACUGCACAGGAUAUAUUAGGUGGAGUACGCAGUUGUUGUACUUAUGUAGGUGCUGGUAAAUUAAAAGAACUUAGUCGUCGUACAACAUUUAUUCGUGUCUCACAACAAUUAAAUGAAAUUUUUACACCUAAUACAGUGCAAAACUAA